GCUUCUUUGUUGUGCCGCCAUCUGCGGACGACGUUAAUCUGCGCAUGCGUAGCACGUACUUUUUUUGCUUCUAAUCUUUGCCUUGCCAUCUGUGCCUUUCGGGUGGCGGAGAAUUCGCCGUACCCUAACAAUUUACGAGUUCUCUUGUCUAGUAGUUCUAUUUGACGACGUGAUAAGCAGACGGCACAGACGGCGUACACGACUGAGAUCGGCGUGGCAGGAUAAAGCGAGAAGACAAUGUCCAAAUAUCAAGAGGACGAUACGGCAGAGAAGCACAAGCGCCAGAACUUGCCGCCGCCCGGAUGGAAGCGGAACCCUUUGCUGCUGGCCCUUCGUGGAAUCGACGAAGCAGUGUCCCAGAGGCUCUUUCUGGCCGCCGACGACAAGUCCCCCCUCGCUGAGUACCGGCCACUGCUGUGCACGCUCGAGCGGUCUGCCCACUUCGCCGUCUGGUUCGGCGGCCUCGUCUUCCUCCUGUGGUUCUUCUCCAUGGACGUAACCAUCAGGACGUUCCUCUUCAACGUCUUCCUAGCCCUGACUAUCGACGUCAUCCUGGUGGCCGUGCUGAAGGCUGUGGCUCGCAGACGACGUCCGGGCGUGAGCCGCGAGGAGUACGAGUCGGACCCGUCGUCGUCCAACCUGAGCUUCCCGUCGGGCUUUGUGUCCCGCUCCGUGCUGGUCACCCUGAUCGUGGUGGAGCACAGCCACCUGUUCCCGCUCUUUAAACUACCCUUCGUCAUCUGGUGCCUGGCGGUGACCGUCACCAAGCUGCUCAUGGGCAGGCAGUUCCUCGGCGACUCGUUGGCAGGCUUCAUGCUCGGCUACUUCGAGUACCAUCUGAUCGCGUGUCCCCUCUGGCUUUCUCAGGACGCUGUCAGCUACCUCUUUAGCUCGUUGGAUGUCCUCGGGGACGGUGUGGUGUAUUGAGUGACUGAGUGAUCGAUGCGAUGAAGUGGUCUGCGACCUUGACAUGCGUGUCUGCUGUUGCAUGUAACAAUGCGUUUGCUGGGCCACCGCUGCGUGGUGCCCUGGGGAUUAGCGUUCUAGGGUUUUUAUAUUUUGUUUCCCUCACAUAAUAAAAAUGUUUAAAUUAA